AUGAAGAACCUUGACCAACCACCCGCGCAACAUCCUGCCGCUGCCCAACUAUCGAACCUCAAGGACGAAUUGAAUGUGGCCUCAAGGAUUGCACGGAGAGCACAAGCCGAUGUCGACAUCCAGAAAGCCUCAGUGAGAGUCAUGCAGAAGACGAAUGCUGAGAUCUUAUUGCGGCUGACUGCUUUCGAGAAGGCGGCCAGGUUUUUGCCGAAGCGACCGCCACAACCCAGGCGUCCCUUCUCCGCCACCGAAACGACGAUUGAGGGGAGUCCUUCACAAAAUUCCGACCCUGUUCCCAUGUUCGAGUCUAGCUCGCCUUCCCCCAUUUCUUCGCCACAUUGCGAUUUUGGUCCCCCUCUUGAUGGUGACUCCGAGGAUGAAGGCGCAGGCCCGAUUCGAAUUUCUGCUUCUACGCAGCUGAUGUCAACACCCUUGCACGAACUCGAGAAUCUUCCACUGUAUGCCUCCCCCAACGUUGGCAGGUCAGCCCCGGUAGUACGUGCACAGUUAACGCACCACCCUCCAGCAGCCCAGUACGCGCGCCCUCACUCUACCGCCCAAGGUUCCCCAGUGGGCUACAUAACUGUGCCUGAAAGUGAUACGUUGGCCUGCGAGGAGCCCUCGUCGAUCGCUGUCGACAUUCCAGCUUUGAGCUCCAGAUCCCCGUCAUCCUUCCCGGUUGGUAGCAACCCACUCCUGCCCAGUGCCGAUCCUCAAGACAAGCACCAGUCAUUUCCAUCGCCGCCGCCUUGCAACGAGCAUCGCUCAAUUCGUAACUCUUUCUCAGUCGUAACUGUCCCCGUACGCCCUAAUAGCAUCGAAUCGAUGGCGGAUUCCUUAACACCCGAACUCCUUAUCGAGUCUCCGUCGAGGCUAACGGCGUAUAAAGAUUGGGAAGUCGAUAAACCGUACCAGGCAUGGGAUGGUAUUGUCGGUGCCGUCAUUCCUGGCCGUCGCCAGUUUAUCACCUCCCCGAAUGCCCCAGAGCUCUUCUCCCCGCCCGAACAAACUUCGCAUGUGAUUCUUCGCCAGGAUGGGCGUUGGGGCCCAGACGAUCCGUUUCAGUGCCCUCAGCUGUACCAGCAGCAAUAUUGUCACCAUGCUUGCGUCUUGAAGCGCAUCGACGAUCCAUUCGAUCCUCGUUCGAUAAUGUGGUGGACGCCGAAGGAAGCUGAUUUAAGCGCGGACCCAAUUGUACCUCAGAGGUAUAGUGUCAAAUUCGUUCACCUUACCUCGUUCAAGUUAUGUGUUUCGAGGCUAGUUGAAGAGUUCUCUAAGGACAAGGAUAGCUUGAGAACGGAAGCGAACUCUCAAUGGGUUAACAUGCUUGUUAAUCAGCUCCAGAUCUGGGUUAACCGUCUUUCAACCUUCGCCACUAUAUUCCCGAACGUCCUUUUCCUAGUUGCUGAAGUUCAACGCCGCUGGCUCGACCUCCGUGCUUACAUCGAUUAUAUGGUCCUUGUCAAAAAGGAACUCUCGAAGCUUCGCCCACUCAGUACAAAGUUUCCGCCGUGCCAUCCAUUUAUUGGCGCCAUUACCUACAAUCUUACGGUUGCUGAGGAGUUCGCCCAGACAGGCAUCCCCGUGUGGCUUCUCAGAGACCUCUCCGAGUUCUCCCCAAAUGUUCGCAUCAAGUCCCUCGCCCCUUUGCAAGAGACAACCAAGUCUGUUGUCGUUCAGCCAUUUCCAGGGAUAUCCCGUUCGCUUUUUGUCGGCCCCUCAGAUAGCUGUCUGAAGCUCGACGCAAUCUACAAAUACAGUCGUCAGCACUUCUCCGCGGACGAAUCUGGGCUUGCGCCUCAAUCGCCUUUCGGACCAGUCGACGUCUCUAUCUCUGAACGUCCGGCCAAGCGAGCUAAGAUCCAGACAGCUCCCUCCGUAUCCAGGUCUCGUCCUUUACCGGCGCCAAACGACAAAGACAUCGCCAAGUUUCACCCCACGGACCACCCAUUUUGGCCCGCUAUCCUUCCAGCAUGGCGCGAUGCCCUUGCAGCUGUCGAUCAUUCAAAUUCUCGUGUUGUUGCCGAAUGGACACCUGGUGACAGCGGAUAUCGCUUCCCCGAUCCCCAUCUCUUUGUCCCCCCAACCACCAGCAUGGUCAAUAAACGAAUAAGCUCCUAUUUCAUCACGUGGCUGAACUAUGAAGAUGCCAUACGCCUAGCCCAGUGCUCCCCUACUUCUUCUUCUCAUACUACAACGCGGUGGCGUGAGCUCUUGUUGCUCUCCAUGAAGGAAGCAGGCCUUUUAUCAUUCAAAGCAAAUAGUGGCGCGGAAGGUCGCAUGUCCGAGAUGACUACCUUGCUUCACCAAUGGAUCGCCAAACACCAUAUCAAGAUGGCCAUCCCCGAUGCUGCUUCUGCCAAAGUGCACGGCUACACCUUAACUUUUGAUUCCCUCCCACCGGCCGAUAUCGCUCGCAUGGUCGUAUACGUACUUUGCGAGCUCAAUUUCCGUAGCGAACUUCGCGCACUUGAUGCGUAUAUGCAUAUUCCUCACGAAUCACAUCGCAAAGCCGCUGAACGUGACACAUUACUUGGUUACUGCUUUCCAGGAUGGCUUCCCGGCGUAGCUGGAGGGGACGUGCUGACCGUGUCUGCCGAUGACGGGUCGACCGGGUUGUGUGCUCCGAUCUUCGAGGAUCGGAGACGUUAUGUGUUGGCGCUAGCUCAACUCAUGUCUUCAUGGCGCGGCGCCCCUCCCACUAUUCGGACACGUGUCCCGGGGCAAUCCGCGACUUCCAUAUCUUUUGUUGAUCCUGACCUAGAGCGCACUUGCGCAGUAUUCUAUUCACAGUCUUUCUUUGAUCGCUUUGCCCGCGUGCCAACCGUUCCCCGCUAUCUUGGCUCUCGUUUACUUCGUCAACAGUAG